GGUGCCGGAUCAAGAUCACAGCGAGCCGCGUGCGCAAGACGGUCGGAACGAGCCCCCUGGCAUGCUGUCUUGUUCUAGCAGGUCACUAAAAACGCGUACGCAAAACAAGGAUAGAACGACACCAGCCUGCACAAAAGAGUGGAAAUUCGUGAAAAAUGUGACCUGUGUGCAGGAAAAUAUUUUUUUUUUGCAGAAAUAUUUGCAUGUCUGGAACAACGCACGUGAUUAAAUCGACGCUAAUCAAAAGUAGCAGCCGUUCUUAAUGCGAUUUUGCAUUCUACGACCCUCGAAAUCGAAUUAAGUUACAGAUGUAAGGAAAAGAUCUAGAAGAAAUCCCAUAAGGAAAUAUUACAGAAUCUCAGAAAAUAACAUAUAUAGGCAGUUUCCCUAAGUGAAUCAUGCUGAAAAACUCGUAGUCCGUACAAUCCCAAAAAUUGGAUCAUAAGUGAAAGUUCUCGUCGUGAAUACAAAGAACAUGACAAGUGUUAGUCAAGGAAAAUGGAUCCCUUAGAAAAAUGUGAAGAUUAACGUGAUAAACUUCGGAGAAUCUUGCAGUAUUGGCUAUGAAUGCCAUCGGUUGAGAAAAUAAGACGGGAAAGCCAAUCGAAGUUAAUGAAAAUCAGAGCAUUCUGCACUACAGCGAGUGAUUGCCGCAGCUAAUUGAAAAAUUGCUUUUUUCUUCGAAACAAUUUUUUUCCUUUCCGAGCGUGCUAUUUUUAAAUCGAAGCAUAGCAUCUACAACAGCAACGGCCAAGAGUGUCAGAAUACUGCUCUCCUGCUCUGUAUUAUUGUUACGCAAUUUGCGAGAUCUGGCGCGCCGUACAUUUCAUCUUGUACAUCGCAGACUACCCAUCGUUUUUCGCGGUCAUCAUCUUGGUUGCACUAGCCCCGUAGUGGUGGAAUGAAACAGGAGUUCUAAUAUUACCACCUUUGUUAGUGAAAGCAAUUCGCGCGAGUUAAUUCAUUUGUGCGUUCAAUUCACUAAGUGUAAAACCAUUAUGAUUUAUGAGUUAAAUCAAGUGUCUGCUUGGGUAAAGCUGAUAGAGUUCUAAAAGAGAUAUCAUUAUCUACCAUAAGUGUAUCGAAACGGAGAAAAAUGCGUUUUACUGUAGGAAUAUGAUUUUCUCAACGACCAUUGAAAUAAACUGAGCAUAACUAUAAUUAUUUGAUAAAAAAAAUAUACAGUAUGUCGCACCUGUUUCCAAGUGCAAAGGGUGACCAGCUGUGUCCCCUAGGUUUCCAUCCGCAGGUUCGUUGGCCGACACGGUGCAAAAGAUGCUUCCGCGAUUACAAGGAGCAUGGCAACAAGCGCAAUGGAGAGGAAAUAACAGCUUCCACACCGGUCCUGAUGGGCUCGUCCCAAUCGCGAAGUCGCGAUGGUGGUAGUAGCACGAGUUUGGACAAACCGGUGCGAAGUUGGACAUCUACUCAAAACCUGUUCGUUUCCAGUGGUAACAGCGGAUCAGGUAGUGAUAAACCACUAGGUUUGCCCCAAAGGCCAGCCUCGUGGGCUUCUACGCCCGACUUAGACAAUAUUCUACAGCAUGUUAAGGCAGAUUUUACCGUUAAUUUGACGCUUCCUCGGCGGAGGCAUACUACUACAUUCGAAAAUUUAGACGAACCCGAAACGACUGUUACAAUCAAAAGACCACCUCUACCGCCGAUUUUAAAGGUGGAACCCAAAAGCGACGAUGGCAAGAAGGAACUGGAGAAGGCAGAGGACCAAGCAGUUGUCAUAGAAAAGGGAGAUUCACUCGCAGAACGAGUUCGUAAAAUGAAUCUUCUGAAACGACAAGGUAGCACGGAACGCGAACCUUCAGUAAAUAGGAAAGAGGAUGAUGAGGUUACUACUACAACUCCUACUACUGCUAAAAUAAUUACGAAACCAACAGCGGAUACCGAGCCAGAGAAAGUAGAACGAAAACGCCGUAGCAGACCCAUUCCAGAGACCCCGACAGAAGAGCCGUCCAGUAAACCUCAGUUAUCGUUGAGUAAAACAACUAUCACAUCCACAAAACCCAUCUCGAAUACAUCCGCGACGACAACUGGUAAGGAAAAAGAUAAUGCAAAACCUAGCAGCAUUAAGGAGGCGACGAAAGACACUACCAAGGUGAUAAGGCGUCGACGCAUCGAUACUGGUCCCUUUGAAGCCUCGUCCAAGCCUGUUGCAUCUUCUGUUGCGUCGGUUGUUACUCUUCCGGUCACUAAGUCUACUUCGAAACCCAUCCCGGAAUCGUUCAUAAACAACAACAACAACAACAACAACAACAACAACAACAACAACAACAACAACAACAGUAGUGAUGACGUUAAGUUCUUGAUAUCAAUUAAGAACAAUAAGGCAAGCCUAGAUGAAGAUUUGCAAUCUAUCAGCACCGAGACAACCGAAACAACCAUUGUUGACCACAGUGAUAACCAUGAACUACAAGAGGAAAUCGAGAGUUUGAAACGCGAGCUAGAAACAGUUAAGGCGCGAUGUGAUCGUGCAGAACGAGAAAAAAGUGAUAUACUGCUACGUAGAUUGGCCUCCAUGGAUACAGUUUCCAACAAAACCGCGGCAUCCGAGGCUCUCAAGUUGCAGCAAAAGGUAAACGAGCAGAAACAGCUAAUUGAAGACCUCCAGGAUGAGAAGAAGUUUUUGUCAACGAAAGUGAAAGAGCUUGAGUCUGACGUUAAAGUUCGAGGCGUCAAGAAUGUUGAAGAACAACUGAGACAGAAAUUGGAACAAGCUGAAACACUCUGUGAAGAACUAAUGGACGAGAACGAGGAGAUCAAACGAGAACUGCGAAACAUGGAAUCUGAAAUUGAAGAAAUGCACGACAACUUCCGAGAGGAUCAAGCGGAUGAGUACGCUUCGUUGAAGAAAGAGCUCGACCAAACAACGAAAAACUGUCGGAUACUAUCGUUCAAGCUGAAAAAAUCCGACAGGAAAAUUGAACAGCUUGCAGCGGAAAAGGCAGCACUGGGAGUUAGCACUGAUCUUGCAGCGAAAGUCAAACAGCUCGAAGAUGAGCUAAAGGUUGCAAACGAAGUUGCCCGUCGCAUGCAGACCGAACUAGAUCAGCUGGAAUCUACACCAUCUACCCCGACGAAGAAAGCCCCAUCACUAGGUAAAAUUGGGAAGUCCACGUCGGCUGAUAACAAGCUCUCACGUGCGUCACUCACUAGGGGCGGAUCUCAGGAAGAUCCCGUACAAUUACUUAGAGAUCUGCAGGAUUCUAUGGAGCGCGAGGCAGAUAUGCGCGAGCAGUUGAAGUACGCCGAAGAGGAAGCGGAGAACUUACGACGCAAGUCAUCAAGGAUAGAGGACGAAAACGAAUCCCUUAUGAUGCAGCUGAAAAAGAUGGCAACGAAGGCGAGAACAAAAAGUAUUUUCAAUCCAGGUAGAAAGCUUAGUCCAAGUCCUUCGAAUCGUCGAUUGUCCGCAGAAGGUCCCAUGGAGAAAGACGAGGGAAUAUCCGAUGAAGAUGAUCCCGCUGAAUUGAGACUGCAGCUGGAGUUGAAUGAGCAGGAGAUGGCCGUUUUGAGACGUAAAAUGGAAGAGCUGGAAAUUGAGAACAAACGAAGUCGGGAGCACGCGAAGGAACUGCAAGAAAGUUUAACAGCAAAAACGAAGGAAAUGGACAAGCAGAAGAAGCACCCACUGUUCCUAGGAUCGAAGAGUGGAGGCACAAAAGAUCCACUGGAAGAGAAGAAGAUCAAGGUCCUGGAGGAUGAAAUAAGCGAGCUGAGGAAAAAAUUAAUCGAGAAGGACCGCGACUUUGAGCGUGUACAGGCCGAGAUAAGCCUCACGAAAACCAAAGGGGGAAAGUCAUUGGCUAAGGCGAUAUCAUUGGAAAGUACCUUGACCGAACAGCAAGCGCAAGAUUUGAAGCGACAGCUGCAAGUGAUCGAACAUGAAGCAGUAGUCCUGCGACAAAAAACUCAAACUCUGGAACAGGAAAAUGAAAAGUAUUCUGUUGAGAUCAAGCAGCUACAACAGCAGAAGAAAACAAUCAACGAAGCGGAAGCUAAAAAAUUGAAUGCAACCAUUCAGGAUCUACAGAAGGAGAAGAGUGAUUUAGAGGCUAAACUAAAACGAAUCACACAGGAAUCCUCCAAAGGACUGCCGUCCAGGACACCGAAGGCGCCAAACGACAUGCAUACCAAACUGCAGUUGAAGAAAAUGGUAGAUGAUUGCGAAAAUGAAAUCGGUGAGUUAAGAACAAUCGUUGGACGAUCGGGUGCGAUGAGCAUUUCCGUUCUAGAGGAUGAAAAGAAACAGUUAGACGCUGAACUGACCGAAUCAAAGAAGAAGGUGGCUAAUCUAGUGGAAGAAAUUAGUAAAUUGAAGGAGUCCAAAAAAUCUGCAGAGCUCCAAACAAUAAAAUUAAAUGAUGCCCAACGUACAGUUCAGAAGUUGGAAGAUGAAAACAAAAAGCAGAACGAUCAGAUCAAAGUGCUGGAAGAGAAAAUAAACAAAAUUAGCACUACAAUGAGAUCCACCGAAUCUAGCAAAUCGUCAUUGGAAGCACAAUUGAACACGGAGAAAGAGAAACACUCGACCGCGGAGAAGUCUUUAGAGAAAGCACUUAAGGAAAAAACAAGAACAGAGAGUAAAAUAGCUGAGCUUGAAAGAGAAUUGUCACAGGAGAAGAAGAAAGGCGAGCUCACAAAGGAGAACUUAGAGAAGGAAAUAGAAAGCUUGAAGAGACAGUCUACAUCUACGGAGUCCCAAAAGCUCCAGGAGCUAAGCCAGAAAAACAGCGAUCUAUCAUCCAGACUACAGAACGAAUUGGAUAAAUAUCAACAACUCGAAUCCAGGCACCAUAAACUUGAUGCCGAUUGUGAAGACCUGCAGACUCAGCUGGAAUCUAGUAGAGACAAAAUGAAGGAUUUAGACAUUCUGAGGAGCAAACUUUCGCAGGCGGAAAACAUUGAAACGCGCCUAGUUAAGGAAAACUCCAACCUCAGCCGUAAGUUGGUCGAAAUGCAGAGAACAGUCGCAGCGCUGGAAUGCAACGUCGACAAUCGCAGCACAAGUUUGGAGCUGGAGAAAAAUCGCCUCAAAAGUGCACUGGAAGACAAACAGCGUGAGUACGAUCAGUUGAACAAUGAGAAUGAAAUGAACGCAUAUCAAGCAGCGCAGCUGAGAAAGGACAAUGAUGAUCUCAAAAGUAAACUCGAUGAUUAUGAGAGAAUCAAUAAAACUCAGCGAACGCUAAGUGAGCAUAAUUCUCAGUUGGAACAGGAACUCAAAAAAUUGCAUGUUCAGCUUGAAACGGCGGAAAUGAACGUCAAAUCGGAAGUAGCCACCACUCGUCUGCGUUACGAACAGCAAGUGACCAACCUGCACAAUGAGCUCACCGGUUUGCAGCGUCAAUGUGAACGAUUCAAGCGCGAUCGGGACACAUUCAAGCAGCUGGUUGAGGCAGCUCAGAAACAAAUCGGGGACAUGAAAGCGAACCGACGCAGUCUGGCCUCGAUAACGAGCAGCAGUGAUGACGACGAUAAGUCCAAGAUAGUGGCAUUGGAACAACAAAUCGGUUGCCUGGAAGACGAACUUAGCGAAGCUCGAUUGGAAGCCAGCAAGGUGCGAACCGAGCUGAUAUCGGAAUUAAGUGCCUCCGAGAUCAAAAUCUCCGAAAUGCAAUCUAAGAUUAACGAACUCGAGGAAGAGAGGAUCAUAAGUGGAGGUAAGAGUAAAGUUCCGGGAACGAAAACACGAUUAGAACUUUCUUGGCAAAAAGAAAGAGAGGACAUGCAGCGAUUGGUUCAAGAAACCUCGACGCUUGCCCGAGAUCUUCGACAAACACUUUUCGAGGUCGAGCGCGAACGCGACAAGGAAAAGCUGGAAUCACGGCGCAAGAUAGACCAGAUUAAAAAGACAACUGAAGAGGAGAUUGAGGAGGGUAGGAGAAAAGUGACUGAGCUACAGAGUGAUCUGUUGGAACUCCGGGACGCACAUGCAAAACUAAGAACAGCAAAUGAGAAACUGAGGCGUGACCGCGAACGUUACGAGCGUGAACGGGAGAGUGCUACCCGACGUAGGAUCGAAUUGGAAGGCGAUCGUAGGAUAGGAGUAUUACUACAAACCGUUGAUGAGAUACUCAAAUUGGCUCCGGCAAUCCAGAAGACAGCUCCAAAGCAGGAAUCAGCCGUUACAACUACAAGCACAGGAAAGACCAUCACAGCUAAUGCACCCAUUCCAACGCCUCCAAUGCGGCACAAAAGCCCCUCGCCUGGUCCUGGAGGCAGCACACCUCAGCAGCCACAGUCGGUUGGCGCAGUGUUGGGAAAACUCGCGGAGGCGUCUGAGGAACUGAGACGGUAUCAGCGUUUGUGUGACGAAGAAAAAGACAGAGAGCGUAUGCGACGAGGCGGUUUAAGGCGAGCUGCUUCCCAAGAAAAUGAGUCCGUUGAAGGAGCAAACAGGCAAGUUAUGAGGGUAAAUCGACCAGGAGCAAGUUUAUACAAGAAGAGCCUGUCGUUGGAUCAGUCACUUCAGAUUGAUCAACAAGGACUCAUUUGGAAGGAAGGAGACGACAGUAUGUCUUCUUUGCAGUCUCUGGACUCGGAAUACGGAGCAAUGAUACACCGUGAAUCCAGUUUAGAUUCCCGACUGUCGGGUGGAUCAACGCAGAGCGAUAUGCCCCGAAUGCGCAAGAAAAAACGUGGUCUUAUGGGAAAAUUGCGUAGCCUAAGUCUGUCCAGAAACAAAGGCAGUGAAAGUGAUUUUUCGAUUCAAGGGUCCGAUUCAGACUUAAGCAUUGCAGGUGAUAUUCGUUCUAGUAAAACCAACCUGAAAGGCAAACUAUCGGGAAUGUUCAAACGAGCGGGAUCGUCAUCACGAACCAAUAGUAGUGAGGCUUUAGACCGUGAACUCCAGCGACCAGUCGCAAUUCAGACUCUAGGAAACGGACCAACAACACAAAUCCCACCAACUCGGCCGGUUUCUGCCAGCACACCGCAUUUAGCAAGAACCGGGAAACCUCCAACUCCAACGAUGGCACCCGUUCAACGGAGAAGAGUGAUAGUAGCUAGUCAAACUCUACCAGCACCAACCAAUCCGGGGCCACUUCCGAAGUGAUUCGGAUUGACAGUGAUUUAGAAACAAUGAACUAGAGUCUAGACACAUAUUUUUCAAAUAGCUCGGAUACUUAUGUUAAUUCUAGCUGUUAUUUAAGAUUGUUGAAAUGCAAAGUAUAAAAUAAACAAUAACGAACCUUUCAAACGUUAUUCGGAUGAUGCUUCGGAAUUCAAA